AUGGAGACCCUUUCGCCGGCCGCAGAGCACACUCACACCAUCAUCUUUCUUCAUGGAAGAGACAGCGUCGCGAAAGAGUUUGCCGACGAAUUCUUCGAGAGUGAGGACUCGGGUCCCAAGACGCUACCCGACAGGUUCCCGAGCGUGAAAUGGGUCUUUCCCACGGCUGAGCUACUCCAAUCGACACGCUUCGACUGCGAAACAUCCCAGUGGUUCGACAUGUAUAGCACCGAAGACCCUCACGAAAACGAGGACGCUCAGGAAUUGGCCUCAUCCAUCAGCCGGAUUCAAGAUCUUGUCGCCCGGGAAGCUGCCAUCAUCGGACACGAAAAUGUAUUCCUCGGAGGCAUCAGCCAGGGAUGCGCAGUCGCGAUCCACGCUUUGCUAGGCGGACAGGAGCGGCUUGGAGGCUUCAUCGGCCUAUGCAGCUGGCUGCCGAAGAGGGAGGCCGUCAAGGGGGUCGACGGAACGGCGAAUCAGGCUAUCAAGACACCAAUCCUUCUGUGCCACGCCCGCGACGACGACGUGAUCAACAUUUCAUUUGGAGAGGAGUUGCGAGAUACGCUGGCUAGCAUCGGUAUGAAGCCUCGGUGGUGUGAAUAUGCAGACGGCGGACACUGGGUCAACGAACCACAAGGCGUCGAUGACAUUGUGGCCUUUCUGAAGGAUGCGGGCGUUCCAAGCAAAUGA